ACCACCGAAAUGUUCCUGUUGUGCUCAUUUGAUUUUACAUAUUGUAAACAUCUAUUGUCUUUCCAGCUGAACUGUCAGUGUUAAUGGUCAGUUUGGAAAAUGUCCCAUUCGUAGUAGUAACAUUUGACGGCAGGACCAGAGUAUUUCAAUAUUGCUUGGUGUAUCCACCACGUUUAUCAUUACUUGUUGUAACUACUUACCCUUACCCUAAUUUAUUCACAAUACCAGCUGAAUAUUUCAAUUUUAUUUAUUAAGUGUCACUUCUUUCAAUGCUUGGAGCUCUACGAUUAAUGUAGCCAUCAAUACUGACAACUUGCUCAAUACUUGAAUAUUGAUAUUUUAGCCAUUUAGCAGUCACUGUCAUCUGUCACUUUUUAGUUAUAGCUAACGAUUAAAUUCACAUAUUCUAUUUUAAGAUGGUGCUUUCAGUCUGUUUUUAACCAAAUUAUACGUUCUGAUUUCUCAUUAAUUUUCUUUGCCCCCUGAUUUAUUUAGUUAGUUAACACGUGGAAAAGACGAAAGUAACCCUGGUAGGGAAUUACUGAUGUGCAGCACAGACACUUGAACCCAGUGGGAAUCGGUAUACUGUGUAUUUUCACGUAUACAACCACAUCACAGUUCAGUGUCUUUUCUUUUUAUUUGAUAUGGUUGCGCUUUGACAGACAUGUGAACACAAGCAGCGUGCAUGGCGGCAAUUUUUCCACGGUGAAAGCAGUUUGGUCACUUUGGAACAGAUUUGGAAAAUAUUGAAUAAAGUUCCUCCAAAGGCAACUGAACGCCAACACACAAUUAAUUCUAACAAAUGUUCCACGAUCCAUCAUGAUGGGAUGACUAAAACAGGAGGUUUAUGUCCUGACUGCACUUGAGUGAUUGCACUGUUCUAUGUUGUGUAACACGGAUGCCUAUGUUACAUCAACAUGUAAUACUGGUGGUGGUUAAAAGGAUACAUUUCCAAAGCAUUAAUACAAAUGAAAAAAAAAAUUUUUUUCAGCAAGUGGGAGAUGAUGCCACAUUUGAAAGGGCUCUCUUCUGGGAAGAAGCAAUUUGUUUUACUUUGCUGAAUGGUAAUUCUGCAUAAAGAGACGGACGACGGACUUGAAACAGCUUCAUGUGAUUGCUGUGCAUCGUUUUAAAUCCUCUCAUAAAAAUGUAGGGCAAGCAGGUGAAGGCUGCUAACUUGUCCUGCUCUGGUCUGCCGCACACGGGAGGCAGGGGAUGAUGUGAUUUAGGGGUUUAAUCCAGAAAUAAAAUCAUGGGUAGCAAGAUGAUUAUUACCAGCAAAAAGACUUAUCUUUGUUGGUCUGUACUCUAAAAAAAAAUGUACUCUACACACUAGAAAAUGAUGUGUGCAGUAACAUUUCAAAGGUUUCUUCGGAGCUGGUGACAUGUCUUGAGUGACCGUGACUGAUAAAUGAUAUUGUUUAAGUUUGGUGGUACAAGGAUAACAUCCAUAUUUGGUAUCCUGUCAUAUUUACGGCGCACAGCACCUUUAAAAUGUAUUACAGGAUUACUCCAGUUAAUUCUCCUAAUGUGCAUGCUCCGUCUUCCAGAACAAGCCAGGAAAUCUUCAUGUAAACAUGGCAUCCAGCCACCGCGAUCUGAGUCACAUCCAGGGCAGACUGCAGCCCUACAGAACGAACAGAAACACGGGGGUAGAGCUGAAACGUGACGGAGGAAUCACCGGAGCGUCACAAAAAAAAGGUCUAGUGGGAGGGGAGAGAAUUAGAGAGGGAGAGAGAGAGGGAGAGGGAGAGAGAAAGAGAGAGAGAGAGAGGAGUUGAGGCAGUGGCCUAAAUGUGUGAAACGCCAGGGGUUGCCUUUUUGGUCCACUGGUUGUGUCUACCUGGGGCAACAGUCUACCAAAUGUUUGUAAGGAAGGUCUGAACCACAACACGAAAGAAAAAGUUGCGAAGUCCACAUCUGAGCAGUUUGCAAGUGAUGUGCAAACUUUAUUUAGUUUUGGAGGCAAGCCUCCCCGACCAGUGUUUUGGUGUCAGCCGUGCACAGACAACAAUGCGUUAUUAUGGGGAUUAUUGUUAGAGUAAUCAUUUAGUCUGGGACACUCACUCUGAGGCUAUAUCUAUUUUUUUUUUUUUCCCGGGCGGUCAGCGGUGCAUUCCGCUUGACUGAUAAAAUGGCCUUGGAAGCAGACAGUGACAGAGGUUCAUCAAGAAGCGCUCAUGAAAAAUAUCCCCGGGCUGCGUUGGAGCGCAACGGCUACGUGAAGACAUGUGUCACCCCGCUGCACCAGGACGCAGGGAGCCAGUCGUGGCUGAGACUCGCCGUGACAUGGACUUGCCGAGGAGUGUCGUCUGCGGUCUGCGUUGCCUCCAUCUCCGUUAUUCUCGCUCUGCUGCUCAGAUUGGUCGACUGGGAUGCAGGCAGCAGCAGCAGCAGCAGCAGCAACGGAAAUAGCAGCGGCUCCGGCUCUAGUCUUCAUUUCGCAGCGGGCUGCGCUGUGGAGCUGCUUUUGACUGCGUGUCACUGCGUCUCCCCCGUUUUUACACUCGUAUGUGCCUUCUUUUGGGUCGGGCUGUAUCUGAUUCGCUGCGGGGUGCUCAUCCGUACCGCGGUGUUUUUGUUAGCGGUGUGCCACUUGGGCGAAGCCGCGGCACAGUCCCUCCUGUGCGGCGCCGAGGACCAGCUCCUGUCCUUCCCCGCAACCCUGGUAGUCCUCGGCUGCCUGGGCAGCGGGGCUCUGCUGGCCGUCCGGUUGGGUCAGGGAGUGUCCAUCCUCGUCUUUAUUAGCGUCAUCAGGGCCGUCUCCCUUGUCUCUCUGAGCAGAAUCCGGGCCAGUUGGAGACCCUACCUGGCCUACCUGCUGGGACUGCUGGGGGUUUUGCUUGCGAGGUAUGCUGACCGGCUCCUGCCGGCCUCAGGGACCAGCGGGACGGGGUGCUGUGGCUCUGUGACCGGGGCGAAGGAGGAGGACAUCCCUGUCUUCAAAAGGAGACGGAGGUCCAGCUCCAUAGCGGCCUCGGAAAUGAUGGCUCACAGUCAGAGCAACAGCAAGUCCCACCGCAGGACUUCGCUGCCUUGCAUUCCGAGGGACCAGAUUAUGGGCCAGCCAGAAUGGGACUACAAGAGAGUGCUGAGCAGAUCUCAGUCUUCGGGCACCAGUGUGAUAGUGGACAUUGCGGUGAUGGGCGAAGCCCACGGUUUGAUCUCAGACCUGCUGGCAGACCCCUCGCUGCCCCCUAACACCUGCAGCUCCCUGAAGGCUGUCAGCAACCUCCUCAGCACCCAGAUCAGCCUCCAGCCACUCCACCGGCCUCGCAUCCCUGCGGACACACACACCUGCUCUGACUCGGAGGACGGGCCCGAUAAAGCGGAGAGGCUGGCCAUACCUAAGCGUCUCAGACGGAGCCUGCCACCGGGACUGCUGAGGAGAAUUUCUUCAACGUGGACCACGACCACCUCAGCUACAGGGCUGCCCACCAUCGAGCCGGGCCCUGUACGCAGGGACCGCUCAGCCAGCAUCAAACACACCACAGACAGCGGUGAAGCGUGGAACAACUCGGUGAUGAUGACCAUCUCAAAGAGUCGCUCCAUGUCUGCCUCCUACGCCACCUCUGUCACUUCCAACCACCUCUACGGCAAACCACUGGGAAGACCAGGUUUCCCUCCCUCCAACAUAUCACCUCUGGGCUCUCCGUGCCCAUCUCCUCCCGUCCAGGGCACUCCCGUCUCCAGCCCGACGAUAAAGACGUGUUCAGUGCAGCUUCCAGAGCUGGCCGGCCCGCUAACAGAGAGGACACCUGGGCCUGCGCCCCCCAAGAGCCAUCACAGAGCCUUAACUCACAGCCAGAGCGCCCCGAGCUCCACCACCAUCACCACUCACUGGCGGCCUCCGUCACUCUGUGGCAGCUGUGGGAGGCCGUACAGCAGUCGACUCAACCACGGGGCAGAAUCUGUUGAUAAAGGAGACAGAGUACCCCAUCCAGAUGAGCGGGCAGUAGCGUCAUCAGACUAUGACAGCACCUACGACAGCACCUAUGAGACCAACCACAGUGACAGCAGCGACUUUGCACAGAAUGAAGAGGAGGGAGAAGGGGGCAAGAAGCCGUCCGAAGCAAGGGAAGGUGGCAGGGAGCAUCCACCAGAGGGCAUCAUUCUUCACCCGCUCCUGACAUCGCCAGAGGACAGGCCAAUCUUGGCUCCUGACUCUCCGGUAAUGCCAGGACUGGAGCCUCUGAUGAGUGAACUCAACAACUGGAACUUUCCCAUUUUUACACUUGUGGAGAAAAUAAACAGCAAGACAGGCUGCAUCCUGAGCCAGGUUUCUUACAGGCUCUUUGAGGACACAGGUCUGUUUGAGACCUUCAGGAUCCCUGUACAGGAGUUUAUGAACUACUUCCAUGCUUUGGAGAAUGGGUACAGGGAUAUACCUUAUCACAACCGAAUCCAUGCCACUGAUGUACUGCAUGCUGUCUGGUACCUCACCACUCAGCCUGUGCCAGGGCUGCCCACUCUGACCGAGAACGGAAUACACACUGACUCGGAGAACGGCAUUACGCCUGGUGCCACGGGCUACCUGGAGUCCAAGAUGAACUUGGUGCUGGAGGAAGGCUACAGCUCCCUGGCUCGGCUCAUCCCUGGCCUGGAGCUCAUGGCCCUGUAUGUAGCUGCUGCCAUGCACGACUAUGACCACCCCGGGAGGACCAAUGCCUUUCUAGUAGCUACCAGUGCGCCACAGGCUCUCCUAUACAACGAUCGAUCAGUCUUAGAAAACCAUCAUGCAGCUUCAGCUUGGAACCUCUUCAUGUCUCGACCCGAAUAUAACUUCCUUGUGAACCUUGAACACGUCGAGUUCAAGCGCUUCCGCUUCCUAGUCAUUGAAGCUAUCCUGGCCACUGAUCUGAAGAAGCACUUUGACUUCCUUGCAGAGUUUAAUGCAAAGGUGGGCGAUGAAGGAGUGACUGGAAUCGAUUGGAGCAAUGAGAACGAUCGAUUGCUGGUGUGUCAGAUGUGCAUCAAGCUAGCUGAUGUCAAUGGGCCGCUGAAGUGUAAGGAGCUGCAUCUGCAAUGGACAGAAGGGAUCGUCAAUGAGUUCUACGAACAAGGUGAUGAAGAAGCAAGCCUAGGCCUUCCCAUCAGCCCAUUCAUGGACCGGUCCGCUCCACAGCUCGCUAAACUACAAGAAUCCUUCAUCACUCACAUAGUGGGACCACUGUGCUCCUCCUACGACUCUGCUGCCCUUAUGCCGGGACGAUGGGUCGACCCGUCAGAGGAAGAGAUGGGUCCAGAGGUAGAGAAGGAAGGGCAAGAUAUGGAGGAGGAGGAUACGGCGGAUGAGGACGGGUCAACGAGUUCUGACACCUCCCAGCGGCAAGAAACCAAAAAAGUAACCAGGAGGAAAGUGUUUUGCCAGAUCACGCAGCAUCUUUUGGAAAACCACGAAAUGUGGAAGAAAGUGAUUGCUGCAGAAGCCCCAGAGGAGGAGGCUCAGGAAGAGAACUCAAACUGCAUCGGCAACCCCAACGACCCAAUCACAGCCAUUCACGAGGAAGAGGAGGAGCAAGCAAACAAAGAGGAGGAGUCAGCCGACGGGCUCGAUGAAAGGGACGAGGUGCCGGCGAUAGAAGAAGAGGAAACCCUCCCGCAAUCAGAGACUUCAGGAGAAAAAGAGGAAGAACCAGGAAUCUGAACAUUGUCUAAAAAAAAAAAAGUUUGUUUCUUUCCUAACUAAACUAAAUAUGGUAGCCAGCACAUCACUUUGACACAACACUGUAGAAGAUGUUUUGGGUAAAAUGUGCCUAACAAAAACAGGGUUGAGGACAGGGAUGACGCAUACCCAGUGCAUCUGAUAAGGAGAGAGAGCUGAGAUGAGCAAAAGAUGAAGAGACAAAGAAGAAGAAGCUGCAGAAGAAAAAAAAAAGAAUAAUGAUUAUGGACUGUAUUUGUUUUUGUUUUAAUGUUCUUUUAAGUCUGGAUCUCGCGCCUCGCCCUCACCCAGAUCGCCCAUCCUGCACUAUGGGCCAUCCACGUUGAUUCAUAGAUUCACUCCACCAGUGAGUAAUACACUGUUAUGAGCCCUCCCCACUCUUCUUCUUGUUGUUCCCAUGCGAUCAACACACUGUGGAGCCUCCCAGCUGGUCAAGGAUGUGUAACAAGCCCCUUCUCCUUGAAGACAAUGGGAUGAAAGCCAGGGAAAAAGGCUGUGUCCAAUGAGUAUCAACCAUGUGGGUUUUAGAAGAUUUAAAAAAAAAAAAAAGAAAGAAAGCGUCAGUGCAUUGUGUACACGAUACAGGCAUACUCUCACACGAGCUUCACGCACACAGUGCUAUAGUAGAUAGAAACGCAUUCCAUGCUCAGACAGCUGGGAAGUUUGACAAAAACCCCUGUUGCUCGAAAAGCUUUAUUCUCACUCAAGGGAAAACAUACAAAACCAUGUUUUUUUCAUGUCAAACAAUGUUAGUCACUAGUCAUUUUCUCUCUGCCUUUUGUUGUCAGUCAGUCCAACACACCUUCAUGUUUCCAGGCUCAGGAUAUCAGGAACCCACAGAGAAACAGAGGCAAGUAGGACCUUUGGUGUCCCUUUACUUCCCUCUGAUUAAGCUUUUGCCCGCGCUAUAUGCAGUAUCAAUUUACAGAUGACGUGAACGCAAACUCCCCAGAUACACGCAGUUCCCUCUGUGCAACAUAUAAGGAACUGCAGGGGAAACCGCACGCAGCAAUGUUAAUCGCUUUAAAAACUAACUAACAGGACACAAACUAGAUAAUAAGGUAAUUUCUGUUUGUUCGGCAAAUACCACUUAUGUCCACAUUUUAUGUCACUUGUCAACACUAACCUUUCCAGUAAAUAUAGUACGAGAAUGUUUUUUUUUUUUUUUUUUUUUUUUUUCCCAAGUAUAAUUUAUAGGCUGGUAUGUAGGGUAAAUGUUUCAGAGAGUAAUCCUGUAAGCCAUAGUGGACCAGACCGGUGCUGAGUCACAGCUACAAAUCACCCAAGAAGAUUUAUGUUAAUUAGACAUUACUACCGCAUUAAGACUAUUUCCAUAGCUUCUUGCUGUGGGCCAACAAGAGACUAUGUGGAAGUCUCACUCAGUCGGCCAUUCAUUACUGCAGAGACAGAUUGUUUUGUUUUUUUAAAAAGGCCAUGCAUACAGGUAUAAAGUUAAUUGAUAUAUAAUUUUAAUUAAUUAGGUUGGGAUUUUAAAUGCUACGGUGUGUAAUCACCUGUCACACUGUCGAGAUGUUUUAUACAAAUGCAUUAACAUUUUCGGCAAAAGCAGUCACUGGAGAUGACGGCUGUAUUCUGCAUAGUUUUUAUUUAAAUUUACACAUUUGGUGCAAGAAUUAAUUUUCUGAUCCCAGGACAGGACUGAUUUUCUUUCCUCAUUUGUAGUCCUUACGUAUAAUCAUUAUAUACUGUAUAUGGCUUAAAAGGUGGCGCUGGGGCUCUGCUUUGAUGUCCUCACAGAUUCAAAUAGGAGGUGAUGGAGAGAAGUGUGAACAAGGAGCACAGCGUUAGUAAUGAGGCUUAGUAGUGAAAGAGGAGGUGUGGAGAGGGAGGCCUCUUAGCUCCGCUUUUAGCAGCUUAUGAAGGGUCAGAGGAGCCUCAGAUCUUUUUUCACGUUUCAGAAGAUUCUCCCAGAUGUAACUCUUUGAAGAUGAGCCAGUUUGGUCGGCUUCGAAAUCAUGUGACGAUUUUUGUUUCCAGGCCUGUGAAACGUAUGACAGGACAUAUUCAGGACAGUGUGUCUGAUCUGACAUCAGAAAAGCUACAGGGGCCAUUUCCAAAACAAGAUCCAGAGAUUUAGGCGGUACUUAGUGUCUCCUCUUCCUAAUCCGUAACAAGUAGUUUUCUAUUAAUACAGUUAAAAUUAAAACUUGACAGCACUUUCUUUUUGAAGCCAUCGCCUGAGACUCGAGGCUGACCGAGAGGUGAGGUGGACUUCAAGAAGUGGUAUUAUACACCGAUCAGCCAGAACAUUAUAACCACUGACAGGAGAAGUGAAUAACAUUGGCCAUCUUGUGAUAAUUUGAUGUUCUGCUGUGAUUCCUCGUCCCACCUAGACGAGACCAGGCACCCCCAUCCCAUAAUAAUGACACACACACAAAAACAGUUUAGGAGCAAGUAUAAACAAAAAGGAAAAAGAACACAAGAUAUUGACUUGACCUCCAAAUUCCAUAGACCCAAAACUGAUCAUGUGUCUGUGGGAUGCACUGGGACAAGCCUGAUCCACAGAAGCCCCUCCCCUUAACUAAUAGGAUCCAAAGGCCCCCAUUAAAAACAGGACAGGACACCUUCAGAAGGCCCAUGUCCAUUCUCUGAUGGGAGACCAACGCAAUAUUAGGCAGGUGGUCAUAAUGUUAUGUCCGAUAGGUGUAUAUCUGAGGCAAUUAAACUGCAUUGACCAAUGUUAGCGGAUAUAUGAUCUAAUUUCCAGUCCCUCAAAGAUCAGCUGAGGUGCACCCAAGAUGACAACCACUUUCGUGUAUAUGGUUUGAAGGGAAGUAGUUUGCAUGGUGGCAGCUGAGGUACUGGUUUAGGACUGAUCACUCUGAUCACCAGGGAGGGAGACAGUUUUCAAACUGAAAGCAACACUGAAAUGAAAACAGUAACUAAAAGGAACACACGAAACGAACCUCCAAACCUCCGCUAAUUAUGCAAACAGUCCACUGGACCUCAUUGACAUAUGCUGGAUGAAAACAGACUAAGUAAGACUAAGCAGACUAAGUAAACUAUUAAACGGGCAUGUUUGCUUGUUUUUACUGGCUGAACUUGCCCUACUGUGACCCAAUUUCUUAACUCAAUGAGAGUUUAGCUAAUGCCGUUGUAAUACCAUCUAAAUCCUUAGUUGUAUCCAUUGCACUGUUUUCAGAUUGUUCAUUGUGCAAAGGAGGGCUAUGCUGUGCCGAUAAUGCCCUUGACUGCUUAUUCCCUGUACUUACAAAAGAGUGCAGUAGUUGACCUUUGUUUUUAAUCCUAUGAAAAAGAAAACCUGCGCUAACCAGAGGCCGAGCUUACCGUUGUUGGUUCAAGAUGAAAGCUCUUUGGUGUUCAAAGACUGAUGAUUUAUUUCUUUUUUCAGCCAUUGCUGAUGAACAGUUGGUAAAAAAAAACUUCACUGCGGCUCGAUUUGCAAAAUAUAAUCCGGGAUAACACACAAUUAAAUGCAAAAAUGAUCUCCGGCAGUUAUGGGAAUCAGACAGGAAGUCCUGGACAAAAAUAGUCUACGAUUAAAAGAGAUAAUGUGACUUGGCAUCAGAAAAGAAAAGUUGAAGUGAUAUCUGACCCCUGAAACAAUAUGUGUCUCGUAUGUGUUGCUUGUAUUUACAAGUCCCCUCCUGGACACGUCGUCUUCCAACAGCCUCUCCUUGUAUUGGCUUGUCCUGAUAGAUCUGCCUAUAGCAGGUAAAAAUUAUCUGUAAGCACCAGCUGAUGCACUACUGACCCACACGGCUCUGGGUCACGGCUUCGACUGGGGGUUUGUGGUUGGGCAUUUUUGGGCAACCUCUGUACAGAUAUAUAGCUUUGAACCUCAAAAAAAUUACUGCAAAGCUCUCUGCAAGUCUCCAGUCUCAUGAUAACAAACAGAAAUUUGAGUACUUAUGAAAGAGUUCCAUGCACUGUAAAUACCUACACACUAUACAGUAUAUCAAUACCUCACUUGGAAUCUAAUGUGCAUAUAAUAUAUGACUUUUUCAUGACACGCACUUGUACUAACCCACUGCUGUGUUUGGGAAUUUGAGAAUUUUUCAUACCUUCUUCACUUUUUUAAAAGAAUUCUUUACAUUAUUUUACGUAUAUCCGAGAACUCAUUGGGAAUCACUUAAUUUAAAUUAGAUGCUUCCCUCUUCCGAUCUCCUCUCUCAGCCCUGCCUCAUUAACUGUGUACACUGUCACAGUGCAGCAAUCAAAGAGACUUGAAUGAAACAAAGCUGUGAUCAAAUUUGCGGUUGGUUAUUUUCACCACAAACAAUCCAAAACAUUGCAGCUUGAUAACACACGUGUGUGACAUUUCAUUGAGCAAACUGAUGGCGUUUCACCGUUUAAUAUUUACCGUGAAAUUUAAAGGGCCAUAUCAGGGUUUUUGCAUGCUAGCUCCGUCACUACAAAUGGCGCAGCAUAAUUGCUAACCAUUUUGAACGGGCGAUGUUUUAAAAGUACUUUCCAUUGAUUUAGUUCGAUUGUUUCAGUUAUAAAGUGUAUAAAAGCUAAGCAUUUUUAGUAUUGUAGGAUCCAGACUGUAGUUUAUUUACAGAUUGAUUUGAAAGCGCAACAUUACUUAGAGCAGGGGUGUAAAACUCAUUUUAGUUCAGGGGGCCACAUGCAGCCCAAUUUGAUCUUAAGAGGGCCACACCAGUAACACAACAGUGUAUUAUCCUAUAAAUAAUGACAAAUACUGUAUUUCCCUUUGUUUUAGUGAAAAAUUUCUUAUAAAAAAUAAGUGCAAUUUCUGUUUAGCUCUAGAUUUCAGCGUUGUGCACAUAUCUAACUAAAACUGUGUGAACCCGAGGAAUAGCAGUUACUUUAAUUGAAAAAUUGCAGUUAAUAUCUCAAUUUAAAAGGUGAUUUUUGCACUUUGCAAAAUUCCUCUCGCGGGGGAGAUUAGAGCCAGUUUGAAACCCCUGUUUUAGAGGAAUACAUAGCGUUUGUUUUUUUUGUUCACUUACAGGAAUCUCUUACGAUGUAAAGUACACAGUAAGUGGUUUAGAGUAAACUUGCCAGUGCAUGUAAAUCCUCUGGUAUGGUCCCAAAGUCUCUCUCAAGAAGCUUGACAGUUUAAUGUUCAAUUCAAAACAAUACUAAUUAGAUAAAUACUUUUGACCACUACAACAUUAUAGCUCAUGCCAUCAGCCGUCUCUUCGGUCCUAACCACCACAGCAGCACUGUCCAGUGGUUUGUAUCAGGUGAUUAAAAGGCAUUUGUAACUGCUUUCUCUUGUUUUACAACUGUUCUCAUGAGGUUAGGAGAAAGAAAACAGGCAGAGUGCAGGGUCUACUGCAACCACAACCAAACUAUUCCACUUUAUCAAAGACCGUACGAGGGGUUUCUUUUUAAUGACUAGAAGAAGGGGAUUGCUGCACACUGGAUCAACUUGUGCAAACCAAAGAAACUUUUUGAACUUUUUUUUUUUUUUUUUUUUUUUUGUGAUUUGCACAAAACGAGCCCGAAACGGAGCAUGUUUAUUAUAUAUAUAUAUAUAUUUUUUUUUUCCUCAGUGUUAUUCAGGACCCGGUGAGGAUAUCUGGAUAUGCAUAUGUUUUGUUCUCGCGUGAAAGCAAAACAAAGCAGCUUAACAAUUGUCAGCAUUCAUCUAAAGGGUCGCGGCUCGCUCACGGUGUUGUCCGCGUCUUUCGCGUCUUUUAUUCUUACCACUGCCAUGUCAGCAGGCACCAGUAGCACUACAAUGUAACUGACCAAAUGUUCUGUUCUCAGACUGAAGCCCUUGUAGUUUCUUUUUGAUGGUUCGAACCAAAAACACGUCUUUUUUUCUUUUUUUUUUUUUGUACUGUUUGUUGUUUCAGCAAUUAUAAAAGGGGGCUCUGCUCCUGUGCCAUACAAUUCCACAUGCAUACAUUGUUCGAAUUCUAUAUUCCUCAGCUUUCCCUGUUUGUCACAAAAGAAACCAAAACAAACUUUUUUUUUUCCUCUCCUUUCCCCCCCCCCCACCACCUUUAAAGCAAGACAAACAAGACUGGGAUGUUUUUAUCCGCUCGAGCAGGCGCUUCACAGACUCAAUUCUUUUCUUCUCUCCAGUAUCUUGCACUUAACACAUGUAGCAAUACCUACAGGAUGGGGAAAUUGUGUGAUUCACCAGUAUUUGUUAAAGUGGAAUAUGUUAUUUUAUUUCUAGAUAUUGUUUGACUUUGUAUAAAAAAGAUAUAUACUGUACAGAUUCAAAAGUAUAUUAUGAGAAAAAAAACUUUUAGAAAAAUAUUUAUUUUUACUGUUUUGUAAUUUAGACACAAUACUGUAGCUCCUCUAUUGCCAGACUUACUGGAAGUGCCUCUUGAUAAUGUAUUACAAAAAUAACUAUACAAUAUAUUGGGAUUAUUAGAACCUGUCACUAGCAGAGCAGUGUUGAUGUUGUAAUGUGAAUAUUGUUGAAUAAUAAGAUUUAUAAAUGCUGCACAUGUGUCCGUCGUGUUCUUUUUCGCAGUUUCUCCGACAGCUCACGAGAGUUGAGAACACAUUUUUUUUAAAAACUGUGAAGUUCAUAUUGUAAUCUGAUAUCACAGUAAAAAGGUUGCACUGACUGCAUAUGUCAAACUUAUAAUGUAUUUUCAGUUGGUUAAGAAGUAACAUGUACUCAAAAAGCUUCAUUAAAAUAUGGCUUCCAA